AUGUCCACCUCCCUAUUCCUCCUUUCCAUGACAAAACCGCAGCGAGGAGGGCAUUCCCACGCCCAACCUCCUGCUGCCCACUCCCACCAUUCCACCGGGUGGUUGAGUGGUUACUCCCAUCCAACCAGAAGUUCCCUAUCAGGAACUGUAGCCUAUCCCACCUCCUCAGGAGAAGGAUAUGGUCCAGGCAGCUCCAGGAUGCCUGGCCACGCACCCGCGGGUCCCACUUCCCACGGUCACCCUCUACCAUGCACUGGUCCACCAGCCUGCUUUCCCAAACAACUCCCGCUACCGGUACGCUCCAAUGAGCGCCAAGUCACCGAUAGCCACCAACUGGGUGACUCCCUUUGGGAGUCCCAGUAUCCCUCACUACCGGUACGCUCCAUCGAGCGCCAAGUUACCGCUAGCCAAACACCCCCAGCAUACCUGCUACCGGCACGCUCCCAGGAGCGCCAAGUCCCCGUUAGCAGACAGCCAGGUGGCUCCCUCAAGGAGCCCACACCAUACUCGCUACCGGUACACUCCCAGGAGCGCCAAGUUACCGUUGGCCAACACACAGGUGGUACUUCCGUACACUCACCCUAUUCCGCUCUCCCUCCGAUGGCUACGCAGCCACCUCCAUUAGUGAGCCGAACGGCUCAGGUUGGGUUCCCCGGAACCCAUUCCUGUAACAUUGGUGCCCCAACCCCGGUCGCACCAUCAUCAAACUCAAUCGUGCGACCUCGAGCUCACACACAGGAGGAUUACUCAUCUAACUUAGGCACUGUCAACUCAGACUAUCAGUUUUCCACUAUCCCACUAAAGCGUGCGCUAGACGAGUUUUCAUCACCACGGAGAUUCUAUUAUGAGCGCGCGCCUAUGGACAUGCUACGUGAAUGGCAACGGCUGGGCCCAGACAACAUAGAGGUUCAGCCAUUCCAUAAACUGACUACAGGCUCCUCCACCUCCUACCGUCUCAUUGACGAGCGCUGUAAACAGCUGACCCUAAUCCUUCGUGCGAUGGACCACUUCACCCAAACCAUCUCCGGUUCCGACCUCAUCCGUGCCACGUUCAAGGCAGAUCCAGAACGGAUUGUCUACUCCACAUUGAUCACGUCAGGCUGGACCGAGCUAAGCACCUUACAUCGAAUUUGGAGCUAUCUACAGCGAAAACUAGCUGACUUUGUUCUGCACUUUGAACAUGCUAAGGAGGUCCUCGCCCUCACACAGUCCCGAGCAGCGAGCUCCCGUUUCAUCACAACCGACCCCUCAUUGGCACCAGUACGACCUCGCACACCUGAGGUCGUUGCGAUCCCGCCCGCUGCAGAAAAAUUGGAGUUGCCCUCACUACACCCGUCCUCAGCGCCAGAUGGCACAGUUGCAGCUUGUACGUCGAGCACAGAACGCUGCAACAGCUCGACACCCCAGUCUCGUCAAAUGACCGUUCCUGCGCAACACUCAUUUGAGCUGGCACAUCCAUUGGUGCAACUUCGCCCAAGCGUGGCAGGUUCAUUAUGCGCAGGGCACCUCACCGGCUCAACCUGUCGCAAGACUGAAUCGAUGUCACUGGCUGCUCAGUUGGUUCGGCCGGCUGCAGACUGUUCAACAAGCUCAACGGGCACUAUCAGCCCCUCACGUUAUGCAUCCCGUCUGUCGAGUGCCACGCACCUUGACGGUUCGACACAGCUCGUAGUGGACCCGGCGCUUCCAACCAUCCAGAUGGACCGACCAUCUGUUCCUUCACAACAUUCACCCGAGCCAUCACACAUACAUGAAUUGCUCUGUCCAGAUGUGUCCUGUCUGUCGAGUGUAACACACCUUGACGGUUCAAUGCAUCGCGUGGCUGCAUCAUUACCUCCGAUCGUGCAGUCAGACCAGCUAGCAGCUUUAUGGCAGGGUUCGCUUGAGCGGGCACACCCGUUAGUACAACUUCGUCAAGUUGUGGCAUAUGCACCAAGCGCGAGGCGCUUCGCUAGCCCAAUCUGUCGCAAGGUCGAACUGGCAUCACUUGCUAAUCAGUUGGAUCGACCAGCUGUCUCAUCGCUUAGACCAAUGUCCCCGUUCAGGCAUUGUCCAGUUGCGGACCGUCCAAUAAGCGUGACGGAAUCCAUUGGCCCUUCACAUUGCCAGGUUGAACCGUUGUCCUUGUCGGUUCAGUCAAACCUCCCGAUUGAUGCGUCCUGCACAUCAAGCGCAACAAACCUUGCCAGUUCGACACGGUACAUAGCGGAAUCUAGCUCCCCGACUAUCCAGACGGACCGACUGUCUGAUCUUGCGCAGCACCCACUGGGGCCACGUUCAUCGGAGCUGGCAUGUCCAAUCAGCUUGACACCUUCCGUGGCCAAGUUAACAUCACAAUCUGGCCAGUUGGGUUCCAUUACUGGUCCCUCACGGUGUCUGCCUGAGCCAAUACACUCAGAUGAGCUGCAUCGCUUAGUCAUGGCCUGGUCAUUGAGCGCGGUACACAUCUCCAGCUUGACGCAUCAUGCGGCGUUUAAGUGCCCAACUGUCCAGUUGGAUCACCCAGCUACACCCUCGUGGUACCCACGCAAGUUGGCAUGCUCGGACGAGCCAUCGAGCUCAGUUUCCACCUCAACUGCAACGUACGCGGUCAGGUUGAUGUGUCAUAUGGGUGAGCCGAUACCAUUGCCAAUCCAGCUGGGAUCUCCAACCGGCCCUCCACGGCAUCCACCCAAGCGGACACGUUCCGACGAGUUGCUUCGUUCAGUCACGGCCUGUUGGAUGGGUGCGGUCCAACCCACCAGCUCAUCAUCCCACCUGGCUAAGUCAACGUUAAAACCCCUGGCUAACCAGUCAGAUCAACUGGCUGUCCCUUUGCAGCGUCCAGUUGAGUCAGCAUGUCCGUUCGAACAGCACCGCUCAAUUAUGGAUCAUUUGUCAAACACAACAUACUCUUUCAGCUCGACACCUCGCAAGUUUGAAUCAUCGACCUCGCUCCAUCCAUUGUCCCAUUCAGUUGCGACCUGUUCAUCGAGCACAACUUCAAGCUUCAUUGGUUUGACACGUCGCAAGGUCGGACCCGCGUCCCUGCCUGUUCGUUCAGACAGUGCGGCCAUCUCUUCAUGCCACCCUCUCGUGUUGGCUCGUUUGAAUAAGCCGGACGGCCCAGUUCCCGCUAGCUCAGCGAUGGCAAUGCAUGUAGUCAGAGUGAGGCCUCACACGGCCAGGCAGAUGUCACCACUCAUCCAAUCGGGACUGCUGGUUGCAUCUGCGUCUCAUCCCCAUGACUCAGAACGCCUGCAUGUGCUACAUCAACCAGAGACCGCCCGCUCUUUGAGCACAACCUACGCUAUUAACAUGGUGUGUUAUAUAGUUAGAUCAAUGCUCCCGAUUGCCUUGCUGGAUUCGCCAGUCAUUCCCUCACGAUGCCAUCUCAAAUCAUCCUGCUUACGCGUGCCGGAUCACUCAGUCGUGGUCAGCUUGCCAAGUGCGGCACAUUCCAGCAGCUUGUCCCCCCUGUCAGGUCGAACGGUUACUCCUAUGUGGCACUUACCUGAGCUGGCACGUCCAAUUGGUCCGUUUCGUCCAGUCAGGGCUCAUUCUCCAAGAGUGAUGCACUGCUCCCACAAUCCAUCAUGUUACAUAGUCGAACUGAGGUUAACGGGACGACCGGAACGCCUGGUCACACCUUUGUGGAACCCGCCCAAGUGGUUCCCUGUUGAUCUUUUGUGGCAGCCACCAGAGUCGACAAGUUCGGACGAGUCACGUCGCUCAGAUGUGACCUCUCCAUCGAGUAUGACCCGAUACGCCAGCCUAGCGCGUCGUGCCGUCAAUUUGACAUUAUCGCUAGUCCAGUUACACUUGUGUCAUGCGAUCGAGCCGGCGCCCUCACUGGCCCAGUCGGUCCCUUUGGUUGCUAUUUUGCGCUGUACUCCUGAGUCGCCAGACCCCUUGACUGAUGACCCAUCGAGCUUGAUGCAACUAGUCAGCCCGACGCUCUUGUCCGUUCUGUUGGGCCUUCCAGCAGCUUACUCCCGUCACCCUCGUGGGCUGGGAGGCUGGCAUGAUCCGUACCAUCCAGCUAGUGCUGGAUCACCACGGGUGACAAGUUACACCGGUUCGACACGUCAAGCGAUUGCGUAUUCAGUCGUCAUUGAUGUCCAGACGCUCAACAGAGUUUUCCGCUGUGAAGUCAUUAUGUCCAACCCCCAGCUGGGUGGAACUCAGAUUAUGACGCUGAUGUGGUCAAGGCACGUUACCGACGCCAAAGGCGGCCAUUUCCCAACUACCUCGCCCUUUGAUGGUUGGAUCCGUGAACUGCUACCUUUGCUUGUCAGGUCGGAUUCUCUGGCGGAUCCUCCACAUCAUUCAUAUGAGCUAGAUGAACGGUACCAUUCAGCCAUGGCCGGUUCGUCGAUUGCUGUGGUUUCCAUCAAUUUGAUGGGCCAAAUGACCGAGCCGGUGUCAUUACCUGGAGUGGUCCAUGAUUCAAGUAUGACACACUACGUCAGUAUGAAGUGUCAUGCCUCCAAAUCGACGUUACCUCUCGCCCAGUCGUUUCCUCCGGACACCCCUUUGCGUCAUCCUCCUGAGCUAAAGUGUUCACGCGAGCUGCAAUGCUCAACCAUGGCGCACCCACUACACACGAUGCAUACUGUCACCGCAGCGUAUUGUGCGAUAGAGCUGACGUCUUCGCUGGGCCAGUCGAACCUGUCGACUGUCAUUUCACGCCGUCCCCUGGAGCUAGCGCGUCUACUUGAGUCAUACAGUUCAGCGGUGGUCCAUCCGUUGACCUUAGCGUAUCGCCAGAUGAACCUUCUGGCCGAUCCCUUGCGUUGCCCGGCCGAGUCGGCAUACUCGCGUGAGACAGAUUACUCAGGGGUAGGAGAAUCAAACAAGGACCAUCUGGCUGUUCUUACAUCCUGCGUUCUCGAACCUGGGUGUUCGCGCCAUCUGUGUCACUCAGCCCUGACUAGUCGACCAAUUGUGAUGAAUCACAUCCGUUUAUCGUGCCAAGCGGUCAAGCCGACCCCUUUAUCUACUCUUGUAGGCCUAUUGACUGUUUCUAUGCACUCCCUUCUCGAGGCAGCACACUGGCAGUGGUCGCACUACUCGGUAUCAGCACACACACUAAUUAAGACUCGUCCCGCUAGUACAUUGCACUGUGCAGACAAGUCGACAUCCUCAUACAACUGGCUGGGUCUCCGUGCAGUACCCACUUGUCAACUCCCUGAGCCAGCAUACCUGCAUGGGCUAUGUUGUUCGCCAGUAGCCCAUCUAUCGAUCUCGGCGCGUUUCACCAGGAUGACGCGCCAGACGUCUGAGCCAGAAUUCACGCAUGUCCACUCAGGUCCUCUAGCUGAUGCAGGUUACCAUCUUCUCGAGCCGGCUCUUUCGUAUGGCUCACACAUGGUUUGUACAUCGUCGGAAACGCAUCCCAUCAGAUCAGCGCAACGUACGGUCAAGCCGCCCUUGCACGACCAGUCGGAUCCACCGGUGGUUCCUGUCCACCGUCCUCUAGAUUUGGCGUGCACCGUGAUCCAUUAUGUAGUUGAGCCGUCAUCCCCAUUUGGUCUGUCAGAUUUCUCGGCAAUUCCUGCGACGUAUUCCCUUGAGCAAGUACCUUCACGGGUAUGGACACAGCCAGAGCUCGAGUUGUCGCACACGGAGCCACUACGAGCAUCACUGUCCAUGUCGUGUCCCAAAUCUCUCAAACGGAUAUACACCGUAUCGCUGUGCUUGGAAAUGACAGGCACGAUGCAAGCGCCGCCAUGGCACCAUCCUCGUGAGACGCGGUACCCACCGGAUGUGGUACACCCCACAUUGUGGCAGUCAUCAAACGUGGUUUUCAUUCAGGUUGUGUGGUCAGCUACACGUCGGACCCGACCAAGAGUGGACCUAGGAAGAGCCCUUAUACCCCGUUGGUGGUCUCAGGUCGUACCAAGCCUGGCAAAUUACAUGUCACGCGGUGUUGUGCGAAUUCAAGGCCAUGAUCAUCCACAUGGCAUUUAUAAGCAUGGCAACAGCAGCAUUAUGAUACAAGUUGCUUCCUUCCCUGCUGGAAGACUAAACGUUACACCGUGUUACUGUGAGAACCCGAGCUCCGACAGAAAAACCGUCGCCAUGACUCGGCCCGAAAGCUCGCAGUGGCACCUCUUCCAGGCCAAUUGCCUAUGCGUCUCUGUGUCCUCAACUACUCCCAGGUCCACAGCCGCAUCGUCAGAUCAGUCAAAUCCGAUCGUCCUACCACACCCUCUGAGAUGGUCAAAUCAUCUGAUCAAACGAGGGAAUCCGCUUCCCAGCCCGGUCCAUUCUGUCUUCCCAGUAUCAUACUGCGUGGUUGGUCUAUCUCGACUAACUUCCGAACCCACGCAGUCCUUCCGCGUCCUUGCACACUCACCCUCCAUUCAGUCACGUCGGUCCAGUGUAGGUGAAGAGGAGUUGAGCCCUCGAGAUUCAAUGACCGGGUUCUCAGAAAACCAGUCCCUCCGCCAGAGGACCGCCCCAAAAGGGACUUGCAUUAAACAAGUCAUCGGCAAGGUCCUAUCGUCAUACUCAUUAAAUACAGAGGACGAAAGAUUCAACUUGGGUCUAAUCAGACCAGCCUCUCCCUCCUUCCCUCCAAGCUAUUUCUGA